AUGGCUCCCCUACAGCAGAGGAUUUUGAUCAAAGGGGGGAGAGUGGUGAAUGAUGACUACUCGCAUCUGGCUGAUGUGUAUGUGGAGGAUGGAAUAGUGCGGGCAGUGGGACCACACCUGCAGCUUGGGGCACCUGCUGGGCUCCGAGUUAUAGAUGCUUGCAACAGACUGGUGCUGCCUGGGGGGAUUGAUCCCCACACACACAUGCAGUUCCCCUUCAUGGGCACCCAGUCCAAAGAUGACUUCUACCAGGGAACAAAGGCUGCUCUAGCAGGAGGCACCACUAUGAUCAUCGACUUUGCAAUACCUCAGAAAGGCUGUUCCCUUGUUGAAGCCUAUGACACAUGGAGGAGCUGGGCAGAUCCUAAAGUCUGCUGUGAUUAUGCACUGCAUGUGGCAGUUACAUGGUGGAGCAGCAAGGUCAAGGAAGAAAUGAGAAUUCUUGCUGAAGACAAAGGGGUCAACUCCUUCAAGAUGUUUAUGGCCUAUAAAGAUCUGUAUAUGGUUGAAAAUAGUGAACUAUAUGCAGCUUUUUCCCAGUGUAAGCAAAUUGGAGCGAUUGCUCAGGUCCAUGCAGAGAAUGGGGAUUUGAUUGCAGAGGGUGCAAAGAAGAUGUUAGCACUGGGGAUAACUGGCCCUGAGGGACAUGCACUGUGUCGUCCUGAAGAGGUGGAAGCAGAAGCCACAUGGAGAGCAAUCACCAUAGCAAACUCAGUGAACUGCCCUCUUUAUGUAGUUCAUGUAAUGAGCAAAUCUGCAGCGAAGGUGAUAGCUAAUGCACGAAGAGAAGGGAAGGUAGUAUAUGGGGAACCUAUUGCUGCUAGUCUUGGUACAGAUGGCACUCACUACUGGCAUAAAGAAUGGCAUCACGCUGCAGGACAUGUCAUGGGACCUCCACUGAGGCCAGACCCUUCAACACCUGAUUUCCUCAUGAACUUAUUGGCCAAUGAUGACCUAACUGUGACAGGGACUGACAACUGCACCUUCGACAUCUGCCAGAAAGCUCUGGGGAAGGAUGAUUUCACCAAGAUCCCUAACGGGGUGAACGGUGUAGAGGACAGGAUGUCUGUCAUAUGGGAAAAAGGAGUGCACAGUGGUAAAAUGGAUGAAAACAGAUUUGUAGCUGUUACCAGCACAAAUGCAGCUAGAAUCUUUAACCUUUACCCGAGGAAGGGAAGAAUUGCUGUGGGUUCUGAUGCUGACAUCGUUAUUUGGGACCCAAAAGCUACAAGGACUAUAUCUGCAAAGACACAUCACCAUGCCAACAAUUUCAAUAUAUUUGAAGGAAUGAUCUGCCAUGGACUCCCAGUUGUGACAAUUUCAAGAGGCAAAGUGGUGUAUGAAGAUGGAGUUUUCAAUGUCACAGCAGGAGACGGAAAAUACAUUACACGUAAACCAUUCCCUGAAUAUGUCUACAAAAGAAUCAAGCAGCGGGAUGAGGUUUGCCAGCCUGUCCCUGUUGAGCGAGCACCAUAUGGAGAAGUGGGCUCAGUCCAGUCCAGCAGGGGAGGAAAAUAG